AUGCUGUUUCGUCAACUGCUUGUUGCAGCGGUGGCUGCCCUUAAACUUGAGCUUGCUCGCGGUCAGGCAAGUGACCAGGAUAUCCAAGCGGUAUAUGAGCGUCGAUUGCCUUUUAUUGUGGCAUCGAGUCUGGCGACUCCCCAGUUAGUGGAGGAGCACCUGAAUACACUCAGCGAGAAUGGAACGUGGCCGACUGUUAACUAUGCAACGGGAUGCGAUGCUCAACGAGCCAACUGGCCGGCUGGGAUCCACUGGAAUCGUAUUCUCAUUCUGGCAGCUGCCUACCAUGGCGGAGUUAAUGGGGCCGAACAAUACGUCAAAAACCCUACAGUGCGCGAUGCUCUUUCCCGAGCUAUGGGUUACUGGUUUGCCAACGACUUUGGCACCGUUGCCAAUGGCGCAUGUCUCGAUAGAGGCGGUCAACCUGCCGAAGAAUGUCCAUGUGGAACCCCGGGGCUGUGGAACACCAACUGGUACAGUAACGUUAUCCUCGUUCCUACCCAGGUUGGCAAAACGUGCCUCCUGCUUGGCGACGAGCUCACCCCUACGGAAUAUGGCAAUUGCACAGCUAUUACUACACGCGCAUAUGCACCCUUCUAUCGUAAUCCUCCACCAGGAUUCGUGAGCGGCGCAAACAUUAUCGACAUGGCAUCGAUCGGGAUCUCUGCUGGGCUAUUGGAAAACAACCGUACGGGCAAUGCAUCGCGUAUUAUGGAUGCAUACGAGCGCGUUCACAAUGAGACUGUUGUACAUGAAAAAGAUUUCGUAGAUGGUAUCAAACCCGAUGGUUCAUUCCAACAACAUAUUGGAAUAGUCUACGAUGGAAAUUACGGGAAAGACUUCUCUAAUUCGCUUCUUGAGAUGGAGCUCCAGGCUGCCGAUACAGCGUUCCAACCCAACCAAUCAGUCAAAGACGCAUUCAGCUCUCACAUCGGGGGUGCGCAAUGGAUGACUUUUGCGGAUACCAAGAACAAUACCUUGCAUUGGGACUAUACCGUGAUUGGUCGAAUGAUUGCAUUCGCCAUUGCCGAUGAUCAGGCAAGCGCGAACCUCAAAAUGAAUUUGACGCGUGUUCAAGAACUCGGCGACGCUUGGAACUCGACUGAAUUGCAAAAGUUCGCAACCGAUCUGAGCAAACCUAUCGAGACUGCGAACGCAGGAUUCCUUACGGGUAACCGUAUGUUCUGGAACUCGGACUACAUGGUCCACCGUACAAACCAAACCGUCACCACUCUUCGAAUGCUAUCCAACCGCACCAAAACCUCAGAGUGCGUCAACACCCAAAAUCCAUUUGGUUUCCACCUUUCAGACGGAGCGAUGUAUCAAUAUUCCAACGGCCAAGAGUAUCUCGAUAUGUAUGCCACCUUUGACUGGAACCUCGUCCCGGGCACAACCGUCGAUUACAACGCCACCGUGCUCAACUGCUCGGCUACCGAGAAGGCUGGUGUCACGACCUAUGCGGGAGGUGUUAGUGCAGGUGACGUUGGCGUGGCGGCGAUGGAAUACACCAACCCAACCACCAGAGGGUUGAGUUUCAAGAAGGCUUGGUUCUUUUUCAAGCAUAACGUACAGCAUGUUCUAGUCAACGGGGUUUCGUCGACUUCUUCUGCUCCGGUUUAUUCGGUCCUCGAUCAGCGCUUGCACAAGGGUCCCGUUUAUGUCGAUGGCGAAAAGGUCUCGAGCGGCAACUACUGUGAUGUGGAUAGUAUCUGGCACGCUGGGACUGGGUACAUCUUCCCCGAGUCACAGGGAACUGAGAUCAGGCUCGAAGCAGAAAAAAAGACGGGCAGUUGGAAGAAUAUUGGUACAAGCGUGCAAGGAAAUGUUACCAAGGACAUGUUCUCCGCCUCGAUUGUACACGACCAAGCGAAUCUGGGCACGCCGAUCGAACAAGCCGAGUGGGCUGCACCCCGGACAAUUAUCAACGAUGGUACUGUGAGCGCCGCGAUCGACUACGAGUCCCGCACGCUCGGUGCCGCAUUCUGGAACGUCGGCGGAGGAUCGGUUCGGGUACCCGAGAUGGGCUUGACGGUUUACGCUGACCGGCCGCUCACGCUCGUUCUCAAGCUCACCAGCAAGGAGAAACACAGCGGGAGCGUUUCCAUCGCGGAUCCCACGCAUGGGUCUGGUCCUACGCGUGUGAGACUGGUCUGGUCUACCACGACCACGACCACGCCAAAGUCAUCCGGAAUGCAAGCGUAUGCUCGGUCAUGCCGGGUCAAGACGCAACACGGGGUCGCACAGAUGCACAAGGCAUACGACGACUAA